CUCAUACAGAAAAUUGACCAUUGAUUAGAGCUAACAAGCAGCAUAACUUUCAUGUGGCUGCUGUUUGCGUCAAAAAGAGAACAGUACCUCGCAGUUUCCGUGGUAAGUACGCUGCUUCCUGUUCAGUCACAUAAUCAAUUACUUCUAUUUUCUAAAGUGUAUCUCAGUGUUCGUGGCUAAAGUAGCGGUCGGUUAAUUGGUGUUUAGGCUAGUGCUCUGAGCUCGUCUUCCACAUAGCCAUAGGGUAAGCUCGAGUUUUCGGUCCCAGAAGCUCAUAUGUAAGUUGCGUUUGCGUUUGCGUUUGCGUUUGCUGAUGAUUCUCGCCCCUGAAAGCUGUUAUCUAGCUACAGCAUAAGUUUGGGGCUAACUGCUUGAACGACAGAAAUCUUAAUGUGAGAACAGUUGAAGUUUAACUUGAUUCUGCAGGCGAUACUAAACUACUUGGCAUGAAGAUAGACAACUGUUUUUGAACAACCGCAUCGAAUAAAGGAAAGCGACUUGGCCUUUUCAAAAGAACAGAUAAAUUUCUGUGACUGAAAGCUGAGAUACUUGACUACGGGGGUUAUUGUCUGGAGGACAGGAAGCAAACAAGCCGCACGUCCAAGACGCAAUCAAUUUACAGAAACGAUGCGCCAGAGUAAUCCUAGACAAAAAAUAAGACACCCCCUCGGGGCCUUUAUUUAGAGACCUUAACGUCAUGCCAGGAUUUGAUAAAAGACAAGAACGCGCUUACAGCGGCAUUCCCUCUUGCGGUUUUUGAGCGAUUUUGCAUGAAUUUUAGUUCGCCGUUGACUGUUCUAUUAUAUGGAACAGUCAACGGCGAACUAAAAUUCAUUCAAAAUCGCUCAAAAACCGCUUCUGAGGCAAAAGGACGACUAUACACCACAGGCAAGGUAAUUCAACGUUAAUUUAUCAUUGAUUUAUAUACAUAGUUAGCGAUAUAUCGCUAUAGGUGAAGCAAACGGUAAAUCCAGUACAUUUACUAUAAAAUAACAAUCGGUUACACAAACCUAUUGUGUGGGCCCCCUGUGGCUAUACGCGUGUAUAAAUACACGAAAAUUCAAGGGUCUCUAUUCCAGAGAAAUUACAUCACUGGCAGAGAUUAAAAAAGAAAGAUUUACAUGGCACGUCAUUUCAAUCGUCGCCGAAAAUAAACCGCCUUCUCAUCACAAGACUCAUUUGCAUACAGUGAAAGUUUACAACACCUGAUCGUCGCAGUUUUGCUAAUUAAGAUUCUUAUUUUUUUUCCACCACUCAGUAGUGUGCGCUUGUUCCAAAGUAAUCAACGCUUUCAAGAGAUAGAAUUCGUGGACCUACACGUUUUGGAAAAGCCCCAAAUUUAAUCCUUCCCGUAAGCUUUCUUCGCAAAACAGGCGUGGCUUCGAUCAUGCAACGAUUCUUAGUCCCAGAUUCCACGCGGUCUCUGCAAGGAAAACCUGGCACAAUGACCCUCCCCUUGUGUACAAAAUACAAAGAAAAACGCGCUGCAGAUUAUGAGUCUCGCUGCUUAUGCAAGCGAGACUGAUAAGUACAGUAAUUAAUGUUUUGAUCCGCGAACCAUAACAAGCAAUUACCCAAUCACGGGGCAAAUUUAGAUUUUACUAAAACCUACUUUCUGACAAAUUUCAAUCUAUAGUCAAUCAUUGGUAACAAUUUUAUGGCGAUCAGACAGGGAGAAAAUCACUUUUAAAGCAAUUGAAAAAUACCGGUAUGGCCUCUGAAAAACUAUAUCGAAACACCUUAAUAAACCUCUAUUUCUGUGUCUAUAAAGCAAAAUAAAGAUCUUAGGAUCAUCUCGGGAUGAAUUUAGAGAAAAUGUAAGGGCUUUCUUUCCCCGGAGACAAAGCAAACGGUCCUUAAGAACGAGCUGUUUUUUUUACGAUAGUCAAGGACUGUACAGAACGACUGUCUGCCAUUGCCUUGUCACUAGGCCUCAUUAUUCUGCGCGGCCAAUGCGUUUCGGGUCACGUGGUUCGAGCGAGUUUUGUCUCGGGUCUCGGAAACGCCACCGAAAUGCUUUGACCAGUACUUACUGUUCAGCUGGCUUUCACCAUCUGAGUCAAGCAACAGAUCUAGCUGCUAAAGAAUAAUUUUAUGUUUUACCGCUGAUUUUGGCGUAGACUUCACGGUCCCCUAUUUUUUUUUUCGUGAGAUCGUCGAGAUAUAGUACGUCCUACCGUUAAUGGCGGCCAUCUUGAUUUUCAAAUGUACCGGAGGUAGUUUUGACACUCGUGCAAGAUGGCAACCCGAAACGCAAAGCGCUUGAUCUCGACGAUCUUACGGAAAAAUAGAGGACUGUGAAUAGUCUAAUUUUGGCGACGCUUUUGUACAGUUUUCAGACCGAACUUCCUGGCUUCCUGGCCAAGAAAGUCAAUAACGUUUUUUCUUGAAUGUUAAAAGUGUUCGCUGCUCCUAGGGUCUCGCCUUGUAUCUUUCGAUUGGCCUUGGAAAAAUACUGACAACAGUUUUCAAUACUGACACCGUACCAGUCAUGUGUACACUGAAUAGCGAAUUGGAGAUCUAAAAACAAAGCGCUUUCAACUCGUCCUACAAAACGCAGGCCAAGUGAGGUCAAGCAAGACUCAUGCCCCGCGCGCUUUCUUUUUCUUUCUCCCAGCCUCCCUGCGACACAAAGAGGCCUCUGCGGAGGAGAGAGCGUAAGGAGUCAAAGUAGCCGCGAAAUAGGAAAUGCAACUGGUCAUAAGUGAGUUUAGCACCUUCCUUAAAAUCAACAAAUGUAGGGAAAUAUUUCUUUUAUGGUUAACUCUUUUUACCCUAUUUACGGCUAACGGUUAAAAUUUGUCAAUUUUUACGGCUAUCGACUAAAUUUUUGGCCAUUUUACGCCUGACGGUUAAUUCCAUUGAGACCCUCGUGAAAGGGGUUUUGAAACUCCACCCCCACAGGGACAGGCUCCUUUUGAAUUUAAUCGAACCUAAGUAUCAGGCCUUUCUUCUUUGUUUUCAAGACACCCCCUCUGGUACCCAGGGUACCUCCAAUAAUAAUAAUAAAUAUAUAUAUAUAUAUAUAUAUAUAUAUAAAACAGGGGGGUCUUUGUUUUCAAGUUUUGAGGUCUUAGGGGGUCUUUGUUUACAAGACACCCGGUUUAACAGAUGGUCGAAGGCCUCAGUUGAAUUUCACUUCGCACGUGCUUCGCGCACUGGCUGAGCUUGACAAACAAAGAGGUAAACAAGUGAUGUCACAGACAUGCGUAGUACGUUAUUCAGCCCAUGGAGAGUGGAAAUUUAUUCAAAAUGGCGGCCAAGAUAAAGACUGAGAGGAUCUGGGUACGAGGUCUUGAGGCUGGUGAAAAACAAACAAAUUGGCCGCAAAGGCAAACUCGAAAGAAGCUAAAAAUAUGCAAGAAUGCACUUACAAGCCACAGGAAUACGGCAGAAUGAUAUAGCGAUCUUAUUUUCUGUUCAAUAACCUUCAUUUGUUUUAAGCCUGAACGUUCUAGCGUACGCAGCACUUAACAACUGUCUACAAGUUAUUUUCUCGAUGCCGGCCAUUUUCACUGUUUUCUUUUUUUUUUUUUGCCAACCCUGAGUGCCAGAGGUUCAGUUUUCUUCUUUCAUGAAAGGGGAGCUUUUUCUAACUGUGAGCGCAAUUUAUUUUAUCUUAGCAAUUUCAAGAACAGACCUCUGAAGCCAAGGAAUUUUUUAUCGCUCUAAAACCUCUGCCGCUCCGAAAUUCAACUAAGCAUUGAUUGAUUCGCAGACACUUUAAGCUGAUAAAUUAUCGUCAGUUUUGUUACAGAUCUUCAUGAGGUUUCUGACUGAGUUUUUCUAUCUGCACACAUCUUAACUGAACUCUGAUCUGUAAAGAAACAAUUUUUUUCUGAAAACGAGAACCAGAGAACACUAUUUUGUUAAUAUAAUUUGAGGAAACUUUGGUUCUAACAAUAUGAAAAUUAAACAAGUUCUUCGUUCAGUUUGGAUAUUUUGUCAAUUGAUCUGGUACAGGUAAAGAAAAUGUUGUCAAUCUUCAUCUGCUUCACAGUUUUUAGACUUUCCAAAUGUUGGCUUUCGAUAUCUAACCCUGUUCACAAUGCUUCCGGGCAAUAGAGACUGGAAACUCAUCAGUUUCAUCUAGCAAAAAGCCCAAGUACAAGAAGGUUGUAGGUCAAGCAGCCGAGGAUCAAAAACAAAUCCGAACUUCCAGUUGGUAAAUAAACUAUCCCGGAUCGGUCCACACGAAGUUUUACAGUCGUCGUUGAUUGAUACAGUCUUUUAUUUUUUAGUGAAGGAUAAUAAGGGAAGGGGAGGUAGGGUAGGGGUUUAAAGAGAGGGGGGAUUAUUGUUAAAACUUUCUUCCUCUGGAAAGGGGGGCUUAUUAGAGGGGGGGGGGGGCUUAAUAGAGGAUUUAAGAUAUUGUUAUUAUUGUUUUUUUGUCUCUCAGAUGUCAAAAAGAGCAUUAAACCUGCUUUAAUAGCUAGCAAAAAGUGAAUUGUGUUUCCAUUGUUUGCAAUAUAGCAAUCCAAAAUGUAUUCUCCACUUUGAAAUAGAUUUGAUUUUUAGAGCAAAAGCUUUUUUAAUCCCUGACUUUGGUUUAUUUCACACAUUACUUGGGGCUGCACUUUGCCAUGUCAAUGUGCAAAUUGACUAAAGGCUAGACUCCAGUUGUUCAAAAGUUUGAUAGUCCUAUCUGAGUGACAAGCAUUGUAAAAGUUGCUAUCUCACUUGGGGAUAAUAAGUCUUUUAAGUCAAACAUGCUUUGCUUGUCAGAUGGGCCCUUUCAUACUCUAAAAUUGAGACAUGACUCGAUAGAGGUGUGCUGAUUAUUGAUCAUAAUCUAUCAUUGAUCAGAAACCUAAAUCAAAAUGAGUAUUACUUAAACAAAUGUUCAAUUGAUUAUUGUGGAAAAUUAACAAAAAAGUUGUCGACAAAUGGGGACAUUAAUACACCUGUGUUCUCUUUUUGAUGGGCUCGUCAUAACGAACUUUCUAUGAAGUUUAGUUGGUUUAACUAUGCGAUAGACAAGCCUCUGCUUGCAGGGUAGGUUUUUGUUUUGUUCACUUACAAAAUGAUUUUCAAUGUUUAAAGUGGUCCACAGGGGACACAUAACUACAAUCAACUAUAAUUGAUUAUCAGUUUAAUAAUUGGGUUAAUCUGAUUAUUUCUGAUGAUAUGAUUAUGAUACAGACACUAUUACUAAGACUCAGCCAGCGCGUACAUCUCACAGCUUCAACCUCACAUCCCAACAUCUAAACAAGCUGAAAGCCUUGCCUUGUCCCUGUGCGGCAUUUUCCCAGGCCUUCUUGGUCAAUUCAUUUGGGGGACGUAUCUUAGGCAAACUGGCGGGAAACUAUGUCACUAUUUAACUUGGGACCACGUGACCCGAAACGCAUUGGCAGUGACUGAGCAACUAAAAGCCCACUAUGCUAAUGCAGACUCUGGCGCAAAACACUCCAAAAGCCUUGUAAUCCAUUCAUGAAAAAUCCCAUGAUCCAGAAGUUGCAGGCCCCUUCUGCUCUUGUCUAUUCAGUGGAUAGUGAUAUAUGCACCCCUUGAAGCAGUUUAUUAUUUUUUUAAUCCAAGUUUUAGAACUGAAUUAUAGCUGCUUCAUAAUCAUAUCCAGCUGGUUUUGGAAUACAACAAUCCCAGCCACUAUUUCACCUGGUCCACAGACCCAUUUCAAGCAUCUGUUUAGUGACAAGAACCAUGCACACUUAGUCCACAGUAAUUAGAAGCUCAAUUGACAGGUUUUGGUUUGACAGAAAACGUAUUUAUCUUAGGUUUGCUGUCGCCCCAUAUAAGGGAAUCCGGAAUCCGGGAAAUUUUUCUCUUGGAAUCUGGAAUCCUGGGCUUUGGAAUCUGGAAUAAAGGUCAAGUAUUCUGGAUCCCACUUAUAAUUGGAACCCGGAACCCAAGUUCCACUGACAAAGAAUCCAGAAUGCAGUAUCCAUGGUGCGGGAUUGAGAAUCCAAGACUGUCAGAUUCCCUUGCAAGGGCUGAUCACUGUUUUCAACUUGAUAAAAUAAAAUAAAAAAUGUGCUUUCAUUACUUUAUUUUUGCAACUGGAAAGAAAUCCCACAAGCUUCAACACACUCAUAUGCAAGUUUUUUAUUUCUGAGAUUAUGCACGAUUUCUUUAUAACCCCUGCAUUAAUAUAAUUGUGCAUGAUACAGCUAUUGUUGAAAGAAAACAAAAGUCAGAACAGUACUAAACCUUUGCAAACGGAUAGCCAACUUUAUUGAUAAGCUGAAGCCUUGCAAGUAUUCUUUGACAAAUUGGGAAUCAAAGAAACAAAUCUUUAGUAAGUUAGGACACACAAACCAAAUAGCACGAGCAACAGAAAUACAUCUAUGCCUUGUAAUAUUCCCAGCGAUUACCAUUUCAGAUAUCUCAUAACUUAUCGUACGCAUUUGUAAAUAUAUGUAGCAGCUGGUUUGGCUGAAACUCGAUCGCGUGUGCCUUAAAUCACAUGCUGAACACCGAUGAAAGCAAGAAUUAAAUCGGCUAUCUUCGAAUCUUUACCUUCCAACGGUACAGUCACAGUUUUCCAAACAAUCAGACCUGAAUUCUGUCCACCUUUUUGGUCUCAAACACCGAAGAAAGCACUUCUCAGACUCCACAAAGCCCUCAAAGGGCCACCAUCUUUGUUUUGGAAAGAGUAAACCAAUGAGAGCGCACGGAUGAACGCACCACAGUAUGCACCAAUCAGCGAUCGUUUUAGUUCGCUGUGUGCUAGAGUCUUCUCUCCUGCCGCCGCCUUAUUGGAAUGCGAGAAGACCCUGGGAAUGAUGUUGCCUUAAAUACAUGUAUGGCGGUGAAUCUCAAACCAAAGCUUUUGCUUAUGACCUUUAUUCAUGAUAGUCAUGCAGCCGUAAAAGGAUUGUGUUUCAUCUUGUUUUACCGAUGAGGUAGAUCGAUGUUCAUGCAAGGAAAAGGAAAAAAACCUCUUUUUUAUCUUCACAUUAUAAAUCAAAGUUCCCCGGAACGUGUACAUUGUAUAUGAAGCAAUUUAACAGCUACAUACGUUUUCUGACCAAAGUGUUUGAUAUGAACAGCUUACAUUAAUUUGGCAGAUAAAAGAGUUAAAUAGAAUAAUACUGUUUUUGUUUUGUUUUUUGUUUUUUGUUUUUGCUUUUGUUUUCUUUGUUGGAGUUCAUUUAUAUACUGAAGCUUGCCUACAUGAUACUAAUAUAGAAGAACUCGUACAUUGUUCUUGAUAGUUGAUCAAAAAAAUAACAAUUCUGAGAAACUGACACAACAACCGUGUCCUAUAACUUCCGGGAAAUAUUGUUAUAUCUCAAUUCUUGGAUUGAUUGUGGCUCUUGCGAUCUAGUCGCUCUAGAGCAGUCCACUACACGCGUCAAAGCAUAGCUGUACACUGACUUUUUGCAUGGAUUAGGCUUUGUUGGAAUAAACACAGGGCGCUGUUGUAAGAAUUCGUGACAGUUGUGCAAACCCGAGACGAAGGGUUUGCAUUACUUUCGAGCCGUGAUUGUGCCGUCAGGUGUGCCAGUACGGCUAAAACUUGUUUUCAACUGCAGUUCCCAAGAAAGGAGCAGAACGGUUGGUAGUGGCACUUAUUAAAGCUUAUUAUUUUUUUUAGUAAUCACAAAUUGUACGUUGCACACGACUGUUUGCCCGCUUCAGUAAUCAGUUCUCGUUUUGCAAAAAAAGAAAAAAAGAAUGUCAGGCUUAACCGAAACAGCCUUAAUACAGCGUGUUUGUAAAGAUUGUUCGAAUUGCACUGGAAAACAUCUUUGAUGCCACAGCAUUUUUGAAAAGAAUAAAUUGUGUAAGGCGGGAGGGGGGGGUACGAAUAUCGCAAAAACGCACAGAAAUACGUAUAAACACCGCACAGAGUAACAUAAGAAUACCGCAAACCCCAUUGAAAUUACCCGAAAUUUUCUAAAUACCGCAAAUCACAAGGUUUUGUAAAACCGCAAUACUACAACUUAAAAUAAGUUCCCGCAAAACCGCACCAAAAAUCAAACAAAACCGCAUCACCGAAAACCCUUAGGCCACCCUCUCAAAACCUUUUAUUUUCACACUCGCGGAUGGUUGCCCAACUCACACUUCUCAUGCACACUUUUUUUUCGAAAGUGCGUUUUUGCUCAGUGACGUGGCCUGCAGCUACAACAGUUUGCAAAAAUACCGAGAUACUGCACCGUAUUUUGGCAUAAAUGGCCUGUCCAUGAUUUUGUGGUUGUGAUCCCCCCUCCACCCCUUAUAAAAGUUGCUAGCAAUACAAGACCAUGCUCAAAACUUGUAGGAACAAUUUUGAAUGGGAGGGAGGAGGGAGGUCAGUAUUAUAUCUCACAGACCUGUGACCAGCAGCGAUUUGAAGGAAGAAAGGUCGUCUUUUCGAGGGAGUGUCUCAACACUUUUGCAACUGGUUUUAGUUUAUUUUUUCAGCGAACAAAACAUAGUUUUAUUCGUAAAAAUCUUCCCACAGAAUUGGUUUGGGACACCAAAAUAGCCCCCUUUUGGCAGUGUUGUGUGAAUCCGGAAUUCCUCUAAUGUGUAACAUCAGCAGUGAAAAGCUUAUGCUUUAUUAAUUAUCUGUCGCCUUAUAUAAUUUCACUGUUAAUUUUUUUUAUAUUUUAUCUUGAGGACACAUUGUCAGUUUUGUAUAAAUGAACGGUCACUUUUGAUCACUUUUGAAAAAUUCCUGUAUGUUAACAAGUACAGGAAAGGUGAAGUCAAUUAAGCAUGAGACGCAGUGCUUCUUCACCAGAUGAAACACCCAAAGGAUUUGUUGCAGAUGCAGAUGCAAAGAUUUAUCAGCGUUUGAAAAGGCUAUAUCUUCGUGGGCCUUUUUUCAGCCAACGGGAUCUGUUCCUUCGCCUGGACGUAUACAAAAAUAACCAGACGCUCCCAUAGCGUUUACGCGUUCUAAACUGAUAAGCUUUAGAAGCAACAAGAGCUGAAUAAAACAUUUUCGUGUUUGAAGGUUGACUACUUUAUUCUACAAUUUGUUACUUUGCAGGUUUCAAGUCGAAUAAGUGAUGUAAACCACACGAAAAGUGCUGCGAUAAAGCCAUGAUGCUCGCAUCGCUUUGGUUUCUGUGCAUCUUUAACUUUUGCCUCGUUUCCUGUGAAAAUCAUAACAACACGUUCACUGAGGUCAAGGGAAACAAGACUUUUCAUAACAUCAACGGCACUGUUAACACUAAUAAGACGCUGACUGUCGCAGAUAGCCCAUAUCUGGUCACAAGUGACUUAGUUGUUCCUGAAAGUGUAUCACUUACUGUGGAGGCCGGUGUUGACGUUCUUUUCCUACCUAAAGUCGGUGUUCACGUUUAUGGAACUCUAUACGCAAAGGGUACGCACUCUCAGGCUAUCCGCUUCCGAGCGAUCCAGUGUAACGAAACUAAGUUCUGUAACAACACCAACUCAACUGCGAGUCAGUACAUAAAUCCUGGAAUACGAUUGGUUGGUGGUACGUCGUACAAUAACGGUCGUUUGGAAUUGAAAUGGAACGGGCAAUGGGGAACAGUUUGUGAUCGCUCCUGGGGUGAUGAAGAUACUGAAGUGGCUUGCAGGCAACUUGGCUUUCUAGGAGCAAAAAGGCAUUAUCGUCACCCUGGAAGUGGCACUAUUUGGCUUAAAAAUGUUGGCUGCAAAGGAAACGAGAAUAGUCUUUUGAGCUGUAGAAGCUCUGGGAUGGGUAAUGUAUGGGGAUGUGGUAAGUACUGAAUUGCUUAAAUAAAAAGUCCUAUUAAUAUUUGUCAUCCAGAAAUGUAACUAUAAUAAAAGGCAAAGUUUUAUACGUUCCAAGUACACGGGAUACAAGUACAGCAAAAAACCCCUCAUAUAAAAUCUGCAUACCAAAUAAGAACAAGAAGGACUGAAGCACUGGCCACAUGAUUUUUGAAGUCUUUUGCCCAAGUGUACAGAUUUUUAUAGUAUAAUUUUGAGAAAACAAGGACCUGUUUCAAAUUUUAGGCAUAACAGGUACGUGUAUAGAGGGGGCCUAACUGACAAAUUUUAGCCUAAGAGGUUUUAAAAGCUGUUGAAAAACGCAUAGCGAUAAAAACUGAUGACA